AUGGUCGUUCUCAGACACGCGCUCACUGUGGUGGCUUGCGCUGCUCAAGCAGUGGCUGUCGAGGUCAUCGUUAAGUCGUCUGGUGGCAACGAGACUGGCAAAUUUGGACAUCCGUUUGGCUACGGUUUCCUCCAUGAGGAUAUUAACAACUCGGGUGAUGGCGGCAUCUACGCCGAACUGAUCCAGAACCGCGCCUUUCAGUAUUCCAGAGAGUUUCCAGUCUCCACAGCGCACUACUUUCCCGUCAACGGUGCCAGUCUCAGCAUCCAGAAUCUUUCGGUGCCGCUCUCCAAAGCUCUUCCUGCAUCCCUGCGAGUGGCUGCGAGAAGUAACCGCACUGGAUACAGUACUGGCAAGGUUGGCUUCAAGAACGAAGGGUACUGGGGCAUCGCAGUUAGCCAGCAGAAAUACACCGGCUCUUUCUGGGUUAAGGGUGCCUAUGAGGGUCUUUUCAUCGCAUCGCUGCAGUCUAACCUUACCAACGACGUCUUUGGAUCUGUUGAAGUGGUCUCGAAAGCUGUCGACAGUGAAUGGGUGGAGCAUCAAUUUGAACUCGUGCCGGAGAAGGAUGCGCCAAACUCCAAUAACACGUUUGCAGUCACUUUCGAUGCGGAUGGCACCAAGCACGGUUACUUAGACUUCAACCUCAUCAGUUUGUUCCCACCAACGUACAAGAACAGAAAGAAUGGACUGCGUGUGGACAUUGCGAAUGCACUUGCUGAGAUGAACCCGCAUUUCCUCCGCUUCCCAGGAGGCAACAUGCUUGAGGGUCUGACUAACGAUACGCACUGGGACUGGAAGGACACCCUCGGUCCGCUAAAAGACAGGCCCGGCUUCCAGGGUGUUUGGGGUUACCAGCAGACACACGGACUAGGCAUUAUGGAGUAUCUCGAGUGGGCCGAGGAUAUGGAUCUGCAGAUUGUGCUCGCGGUAUGGGGCGGUCUUGCCCUCAAUGGCGAUGUAACCCCGCAGGACAAAUUGCAGCCUUUCAUUGAGGAUGCCCUCAAUGAGAUCGAGUUCGUCGCUGGACCUGCUGAUUCGACCUGGGGAGCAAAGCGCGCCGCGCUUGGGCACCCAGAACCCUUCGAGCUCAACUACGUUGAAGUUGGUAACGAGGACUGGCUUGCCGGAUACCCUGGCGGAUGGGAUUCGUACCGCGAGUACAGAUUCAAGAUGUUCUUCGACGCCAUCACGGCAGCCUACCCGCACAUCCAGGUGAUCGCCUCAGCUGCUACAAGCGACCCAGCUCCGGAAGGUGCGACUACAGGCCCGAAUACUGUAGAAGGCCUCAACUUCACCGAGACGCCCGGCGCCAUUGGCGACUACCACCCAUAUCGCCGACCUGAUGAGCUCGUCGAAGAGUUCGACCGCUUCGACAACGAUAUUGGCCAUAUCGUUGGUGAGGUUGCAGCUACGCACGUAAAUGGGGGCCAAACUCCUCGCUGGGAUGGACCCUUAUACAGUUACCCGUGGUGGUAUGCGACGCCCGAGUACGAAGUAGAUAUGCAUAGACAUAAAUACGAGGGCGCAGUUGGUGAAGCCAUCAGUCUCAUCGGAUAUGAGCGCAACUCGGACCGUAUUCCUGGUACUUUCUACGCGCCGGUCCUCAAAAACGUGAACAGGUUCCAAUGGCCGAUUACUUUGCUCCAAUACUCGGCCGAUCCUAAGCAGACCACUAGGGCUGUGACAUGGUACUGCUGGAGUUUGUUUGCCCAUAGCCCUAUCAGCCAUACGCUGCCGACGACGAGCAACUCGAGCUAUGGCCCGCUAUACUGGGUUGCGGGUCGGGAUGAAUCCAGGAACGGCGCAUUCGUAUGGAAGGGUGCUGUUUACAACACUACGAAUAGUAGCACGGUUCCGGUCUCGGUCCACUUCCAGGGCGUCACUCCAGGCACGAAGGCGAGUCUCACCGUGCUCACAAAUUCUGUCGCGGAUAACUAUGCAUACAAUGACCCCUUCACUGGAGUCAAUAUAGUGAAUACCACGACGAGUGAGGUGAGCGCGGGAAUGAGUGGUACUUUUGAGUUUGUGCUGCCGCAAUUGAGUGUAGCAGUGCUGGAUACAGGCAAAGCCGGGAAUGUAACUGGCUACAGUAAGAAAUGGUAG